AUGAAUGAGAAACAUCUCAUUUCAGAGGAAAUACAAACGGAUAUUUAUGGAUUUCAGUUGGAAAAUCUUCAAAGUUUUCAAGAUACAUUAUUGAGCAAUAAAUUAAAUUUGAACGUUAAGUUGAAACAGAUUGAAGAUAUGCUUGAAACUGGAUUAUUUAAGAAAAAUGAAGUCAUUGAGAAAUUGAAUUCUGAAAUCGCUUCAAUGCGGAUUAUCUCUGAAGAAACGAAUGCUAUGCAGAAAGUGAUGACUGAUCAUGUUGGACUUACAUUGCAAGAAAUUCAAAAGGAUAUAAAAAAUCUCGAAAAAAACAUUGAAAAACAAAGUAUCAUUGAAGAUGUGCAAGUAGAACUGGCACAAACCAACAAGAAACUUAUGGAUGUCAAAAGAAAAUGCAUGAAAACUUCGAGACAAUGUCUACUUAUGCAGUUUGAGUCAGUAAGUAUGUUAUGUGAUUUGAAAUUAUAA